AUGAGUAGGAGACCAGAGGUCAGCCAACGCCUCACACAGCCCCACUCCGUCACUUGCAGGCACAGCAACUCAGACCCCAACCGGGGGUUGUACCCCAGAACACCCACAAAGAGAAAGAGCGGUACUGUACAUUUGUGUGUCUUUAGUUUUUUUACUCUUGAGACCUGAAGUGAUGUAACAUUUUGUACACAUAUAAUUUACCUUGUCAUCCCCUCCCGUUGCUCCCUCUUCUCCUCUCUUGCCUGGAUCUCAGAUGCGAGUGAUGACAAGCAGCAGCAGGGGAUCACUCAGUUUUUCCCUGUGAUCGGUCCUCAGAAAGCAGCCCUGUCCCAGGGCUCAGGUUCCAUAAAGACAGAGGGAUUCAACGGAGAGCUCAUCCCCAAAAAGGAGCCUGUUGAGGAGAAGGAGGCACUAGCCACUCCUAUGAAGGAGGAACCUGAGGAUGAGAAGGUGGACUAUCUGGAGGGGCUGACAACGGACAUGUUUGGGGACGACAAGGAGUUUGAGCGCUGUUGGUUAGAUCCAGCCCCAGCCUUUAUGAACCACCAUGACGAGGAGGUGGAGGCCCUGCCUGACGCCCACUAAGGCCUCUUGGGAAGCAGCAGGGGCCUGGCCCAUCCCCAGGGCCAUGUGGACGACCUCCCAGAGGAGGUGCUGAUGCUGGUGUUGAGCCUCCUGCCUGCUGAGGACCUCUACUGUCAUGUCAGCCUGGUCUGCCAACGCUGGGGGAACAUUGUCACCCAGUCACUGGUGAGAACCUGGGACAGGGGGAGGAAGUUAGGGUUAAAGUUAUGAAGAUAAGCUAGUGUGAAAAUGGUAAUAGAUGUGGUGUGUAGAUUUUUUUGGGUUAAGUUGUGUUUAGUUUGUGCCCUGGAAGAAGCUGUAUUACCGCUACACGAAGAAGGAAAGCGAGGCGGUGAAGGAGAUCGACGCCAUCCUGGAAACCCAUAGAAUCAAAAAGAACGACCAGGAGAGCAUCCUCCAUAUUUACAAUUACGUCAUUUAGCAGACGCUCUUAUCCAGAGCGACUUACAAAUUGGUGCAUUCACCUUAUAGCCAGUGGGAUAACCACUUUACACAAUUUUUUUAUUUUUUUAUUUUUUUUUGUGGGGUAAGGGGGGGUAGAAGGAUUACUUUAUCCUAUCCAAGGUAUUCCUUAAAGAGGUGGGGUUUCAAGUGUCUCCGGAAGGUGGUGAGUGACUCCGCUGUCCUGGUGUCGUGAGGGAGCUUGUUCUACCAUUGGGGUGCCAGAGCAGCGAACAGUUUUGACUGGGCUGAGCGGGAACUGUGCUUCCGCAGAGGUAGGGGGGCCAGCAGGCCAGAGGUGGAUGAACGCAAUGCCCUCGUUUGGGUGUAGGGAUUGAUCAGAGCCUGAAGGUACGGAGGUGCCGUUCCCCUCACAGCUCCGUAGGCAAGUACCAUGGUCUUGUAGCAGAUGCGAGCUUCAACUGGAAGCCAGUGGAGUGUGCGGAGGAACGGGGUGACGUGAGAGAGCUUGGGAAGGUUGAACACCAGACGGGCUGCAGCAUUCUGGAUGAGUUGUAGGGGUUUAAUGGCACAGGCAGGGAGCCCAGCCAACAGCGAGUUGCAGUAAUCCAGACGGGAGAUUACAAGUGCCUGGAUUAGGACCUGUGCCGCUUCCUGUGUAAGGCAGGGUCGUACUCUCCGAAUGUUGUAGAGCAUGAACCUACAAGAUCGGGUCACCGCCUUGAUGUUAGCGGAGAACGACAGGGUGUUGUCCAGGGUCACGCCAAGGCUCUUCGCACUCUGGGAGGAGGACACAACGGAGUUGUCAACCGUGAUGGCGAGAUCAUGGAACGGGCAGUCCUUCCCCGGGAGGAGGAGCAGCUCCGUCUUGCCGAGGUUCAGCUUGAGGUGGUGAUCCGUCAUCCACACUGAUAUGUCUGCCAGACAUGCAGAGAUGCGAUUCGCCACCUGGUUAUCAGAAGGGGGAAAGGAGAAGAUUAGUUGUGUGUCGUCUGCGUAGCAAUGAUAGGAGAGGCCACGUGAGGAUAUGACAGAGCCAAGUGACUUGGUGUAUAGCGAGAAUAGGAGAGGGCCUAGAACUGAGCCCUGGGGGACACCAGUGGUGAGAGCACGUUGUGAGGAGACAGAUUCUCGCCACGCCACUUGGUAGGAGCGACCGGUCAGGUAGGACACAAUCCAAGAGUGAGCCGCGCCGGAGAUGCCCAACUCGGAGAGGAUGGAGAGGAGGAUCUGAUGGUUCACAGUAUCAAAGGCAGCAGACAGGUCUAGAAGGACAAGAGCAGAUGAGAGAGAGUUAGCUUUAGCAGUGUGGAGAGCCUCCGUGACACAGAGAAGAGCAGUCUCAGUUGAAUGACCAGUCUUGAAACCUGACUGGUUUGGUUCAAGAAGGUCAUUCUGAGAGAGAUAGCAAGAGAGUUGGCUAAAGACGGCACACUCAAGAGUUUUGGAGAGAAAAGAAAGAAGGGAUACUGGUCUGUAGUUGUUGACAUCAGAGGGAUCAAGUGUUGGUUUUUUGAGAAGGGGUGCAACUCUCGCUCUCUUGAAGACGGAAGGGACCUAGCCAGCGGUCAAGGAUGAGCGAGGUGAGGUAAGGGAGAAGGUCACCGGAGAUGGUCUGGAGAAGAGAGGAGGGGAUAGGGUCAAGUGGGCAGGUUGUUGGGCGGCCGGCCAUCACAAGUCGCAAGGUUUCAUCUGGAGAGAGAGGGGAGAAAGAAGUCAAAGCAUAGGGUAGGGCAGUGUGAGCAGGACCAGCAGUGUCAUUUGACUUAACAAACGAGGAUCGGAUGUCGUCAACCUUCUUUUCAAAAUGGUUGACGAAGUCAUCCACAGAGAGGGAGGAGGGAGGGGGAGGAGGAUUCAGUAGGGAGGAGACGGUGGCAAAGAGCUUCCUAGGGUUAGAGGCAGAUGCUUGGAAUUUAGAGUGGUAGAAAGUGGCUUUAGCAGCAGAAACAGAUGAAGCAAAUGUAGAGAGGAGGGAGUGUUAAGAUGCCAGGUCCGCAGGGAGUCUAGUUUUCCUCCAUUUCCGCUCGGCUGCCCGGAGCCCUGUUCUGUGAGCUCGCAAUGAGUCGUCAAGCCACGGAGCAGGAGGGGAGGACCGAGCCGGCCGGGAGGAUAGGGGACAUAGAGAGUCAAAGGAUGCAGAAAGGGAGGAGAGGAGGGUUGAAGAGGCAGAAUCAGGAGAUUGGAGGGAGAAGGAUUGAGCAGAGGGAAGAGAUGAUAGGAUGGAAGAGGAGAGAGUAGCGGGGGAGAGAGAGAGCGAAGGUUGCGACGGCGCAUUACCAUCUGAGUAGGGGCAGAGUGAGUAGUGUUGGAGGAGAGCGAGAGAGAAAAGGAUACAAAGUAGUGAUCGGAGACAUGGAGGGGAGUUCAAGUGAGAUUAGUAGAAGAACAGCAUCUAGUAAAGAUGAGGUCAAGCGUAUUGCCUGCCUUGUGAGUAGGGGGGGACGGUGAGAGGGUGAGGUCAAAAGAGGAAAGGAGUGGAAAGAAGGAGGCAGAGAGAAAUGAGUCAAAGGUAGACAUAGGGAGGUUGAAGUCACCCAGAACUGUGAGGGGUGAGCCAUCCUCAGGAAAGGAACUUAUCGAGUAAGGACUCUUUACUGUAAACUGUUCCUUUGGGCCAUUUCUGAUAAUUUAUGAUCUAUUCUGUGUGUGUGUGUGGUUUUUUUCCAGGUUCAUGGCCCAGUACAAGCCCAGUCAGAGGGUGAAACCUGAGGCAGUGUUACAGAGUGUGAGGACACAUUGUCUGUUCCCUCAGGCUGAGGCCUGCAUUAAACACAGACUCCCAAAACUGGAGGGUAUCGAGGGGGUACGUAGCCCCACACGUGUGUGUGUGUGUGUAUAUGUACACGGUUGGAACUACUACUAUACUGAACUGAUUGGACUGUGUGUGUCUUUGUCAGGGCCCUAACCCGUGGGCAGCCAUGACCCUGAUGCUGGUGCUGUGUGACGGGGUGGGAGAUGUUCUGGACCUGGUGGUCUGUCUCAGAGGCUGCCUGCUUUCAGCCAGUGCCAUCACAGAGUACCUCAGCGCCAUGGCAACUAUGCUGCUCGCCAUGAGGAGGAAGGACAUCAACAUCAGCAACAGGUCAAGAUGGAAGUUAUAUACAGAUGGAAAGAUAGAGACAUGUACAAACAGAUGGAUAGACAGGCGGACAUUGACUGUCUCUCUCUGCACCUCUCUUCUCCUUCCUCCACUCCAGGUGGCACUACAAUAUCUUCUACGUCCUUCACCUGAUAGAGAACCCCCUGCCCACAGCAAUAACCAAUCAGAGUGGGUGAAGACUGAUAACUUUCUGGAAGGAAGUAUUUUGAAUGAGUCAGUCAUGACCUGAGUCUCAUGCCCAGUCCUCUCUCUCCCAGGAGAGCCCAGGUUCAGGUGACCCACGAACAGCAGCAGAUCCUCAACCACGACAUCCAUAGAGACCACGUGGUCAAGAUCAUGGCCUUCGCAGGUACCACCAGACCGCUACUACCAACAUCAUGUCACACCUGUGUUUUUAAAAUAUUUUUUAACAGAUAACAAGUUAGAUAUAGAGUUGGUACUUUUGCUAGCAUUCUCUGAAUUAUCGCUAGAGGGCACCCUCUCCCUGUCAGUUCAGCUCAGUCUGUGCUUCAUCAGUUCAGGAUGAGAAUGAGAGUACUCUUUCUAUAUCGUGACAAUUGCAGAGUAUUUCAAGUGGAUACACACACAUGGUCCACCCCACAUUGUGAGCUGUUGAUUGUACCUUAUGUGUGAAUGUUCCUGCUAGGAUGUAGUGUAGGGGUUAAAGGUUGUUGCUGUGUUUCAGGCACAGGGAAGACCACCACCCUGGUUCGGUACGCCCAGCAGAGGCCCACCUCCACUUCCUCUAUAUGAUAUUAUAUUCACUUCACUUCACUUCACUUUCUUACACACUUGGAAAAUCGUGGCUCCAAUGUAGGCAAUCUCAGAACCAAACCUAAAGCUCUGAGAAGAUAUUCAAUACAAACACUUUGAGCUUUUGUUUAGUGAGUAUAUACCUGAGCGAGGGAGAAGUGUGUGUGUGUGUGUGUGUGAACAUGGGUGAGGUAGUAGAGGUGUGUGUGUUCAACCAGGUUCAGGGCAUUGACUGCUCCUCUGAAGGUGUAGAUCUGCUGGUGAGGGUCUCCCACCAGGAUCUUCCCACAGUGCUGAGGCAGCAUGAUGUCCAUGAUGGCUAAGACACACACACACACUUAUCAUGGACCUGCUAAUAGACCUGCUAUCAGGUGAGUGGUGCCUGGUGCAGGUGUAAUGUAGACCCAGGUUUGGUCCAGGUGUGUUACAGUGCAGUGGUGUAGUUAAGUUGUGUACCCGGAGUGCAGUCCUGUGCCUCGUCUAUAAAGAUUACAUCAUACUUGUCCAGAGUCGGCCUCUGCAGAUGCCACAGCUUCAGAUACCCUGGAAGACAUUCAGUAAGGACCCAAUCCUAAAACACUGACAUAUUAAAAAGUUCAAACACAUCUCCAAUGGAUUACUAAGUAGGCUUAAGAAAAGUGCGUGCCAGUGCGUGAAGAAAUGAAUGAAUGCGAAAUUGUAAGUCGCUCUGGAUAAGAGCGUCUGCUAAAUGAUGUAAAUGUAAAUUUCCUGGCCCACUAGGUCGUGUUGGGGAACGGAUUUCAAAAUCCCUCAAUCUACCGUUGGCACCCAUUCAAAUUAUCCCCAAGGGUGCCUUGUCCAAUUUUGUUCAUUCUCUUAAAUUAAAUGCUAUGUCUGUUUUCUCAUUAGCUGGGAAAGUUGUUUGAAAUGUCCAAUGCAACAUACUUUGGUGAUAUUGUUAUCAACCUACUACAUACCCCUUACAAAUACAACAAAUUGUGUGCAGGUGUGCUAUUAGCAUGCUAACAAUCAUUAAAAAAGACUGGUAGAAUAGCUAGCCAUCGCUAGCAUUCACUGGUUGAAGUUGAAGUAACUUUUGAGUGUAAUGGAGUUGACUGGUGACUAUGACAUGAAUAUACACUUAGUAGCAUCUAGUACCGGGUCGGACCUCCCUUUUCCUCCAGAACAGCCUGAAUUCUUCGGGGCAUAGAAACGUUGCUCAAUUGGGAUAAAGGGACCUAACGUGUGCCAGGAAAACAUUCCCCACACCAUUAGACCACCGCCACCAGCCUGUACUGUUGACACCGGGCAGGAUGGGGCCAUGGACUCAUGCUGCUUACUCCAAAUCCUGACUCUGCCAUCAGCAUGACACAACAGGAACCGGGAUUCGUCGGACUAUGCAAUGUUUUUCCACUCCUCAAUUGUCAAGUGUUGCGUGUCCACUAGAGCCGCUUCUUGUUUCUGAGAUACUGGAAACCGGCACGCCUGGCACCGACGAUCGUACCACGCUCAAAGUCGCUUAGGUCACUCAUUUUGCCCAUUCUAUCGUUCAAAAGAACAGUAACUGAAUGCCUCGAUGCCCGUCUGCCUGCUUUAUAUAGCAAUCCACGGCCACGCGUCUGUAGGAGCUAACCAUUUUCGUGAACGGGGGUGGUGUACCUAAUAAACUGUGUAUAUAAUUCACAACAUUUGGACGGGAGCUAUAAAGAAAAUGUAAAUUAUGUGUGUAGUUAUUGCUUGAAUUCAGGCUUGGCUGCAGUGCUUUCAAUGGGGAAAGAUUGCUUCCAUAGAAAACGUCACUUUCCCGUGUGGACCUAUUAGUGGAGUUUUGGCUUGCCUGGUGACAUCACCAGGUGGUAUAAAUUAAUAGACCAAUAACAAAUAGAUUUCCAAACCUCUGCCAAUAGCUAGUUUUCAGAUUACAUAUCCCUCCUAUUAGGCCUCACCGCUCCGGCGAUUGAUCCACACUGUGGUUAAUGCACCGCUUUGGUGCCCUUCCCCGCCCCCCCACUCAGACAGCAAAAUUCUUGCUUGAGAAAUAGCUUUUUGCUAAAAGGGUAUUUGUUUCUUUGUGACCAUUUUAAUGUACAACUAUUACAGUAAAGGACUUAAUUGUUACUCAGAAAUGAUUUGAUAUUAAAAUAAGAAUGGCUGCAUUGGACGUUUUUUGAAGGUUGACUCAGCGAAAUGACGUUGCAUUGACUUCGCUCUCACACCAUCACACACAGUAUCUUCGCAUGUGCAUGGGUUCGCUUCACGCUGUUAGAGCGUGGUAGGUAUGGAACCAAAACGGAGAAGUUUAGCCUCACGCUUUAACGCUCUUAGUUGUUGCUGAAAUUGACCCACUAUGCUGUUUACUUGGUGCACCUACUUCAUAUUGCUGGGUCUAAGGUUGAUUUUUCUGAACUGUGUAAUCAUGCCAGUAAAAUAUCCAUGGUGUUCCAUGACUACUGUGCUCUUAUUUGGUUUCUUUGGUUCUGAUUAGAUCCGUUUGUUUUAAAGGGGAGAUUGUAGAAUUAGGUUGCUGUUAAACAUUCUGAUUUGUUUCAUCCUUCCAACUAAAAGUCCCAAUACCACAUAUCACUUUACAUUUGUAUUUUGGGAGAAUGUAAUUUUUUAUUUGACCAAAGAUAUGUCGGAAAAGUGACUUAAAGAGGAGCAAUACACGAGCAGGAGUGAAGCCACUGUCCACAUAAUACGGUGAAGACCUUUUCUGCAAAACAUGCAGUAUUCUGGGGAUGGAGUUGUUGUAGCUUGCUUGCUAGGUAGCUAGCUUAUUCCCUCACCAAACACUGUGCUAGAUCCGUGUGAGUGGUGUGAAGUUGCGUCAAUUCAAAUCUGGUAUAGGAACAAAAAGAGGUCAAUACACGUCUUCUAAAAUAGACUAGUAUUUUAAUUAAUGCAAAUACUUGAAUGGUAAAUAUGAUGUUCGUAUAUACGGGCGCACUGAAACACCACGCAGGGCAGACAGAGAACUGAGCCAUUGUUAUAAGUUCUUCUUUAAAUACUCUGACAGAGAUAGUUCCCGCUCCCUGCUGGGCCUGUCAGAGUAGAGGCUGGGUGUGGUUUAAACUUACCCAACCUAUCGAUGGCGCACAGGCUGGUCCUAGUCCCUUGGCGCUUCACUGUUGCCGGGCAUUAGUUGUUAUCUUUACAACUUGUCUCGAGUCAGCAACCUCAGACAUGGUUUGUUCUUCUUCAUUGUAGCAGAACACAUGUCCUUGAGCGGUUUAACAAAGAGGCAGUGUGUGUGUGAGUCACAAGUCUGUCUCAGCCUACCCCCUAACGGUUCCUCACAUUAAUCACAGCUUGUUAUGUUAAACAAUCUAUAUCAGUACAGCACAAACCUAUUAUGUUUAAUCAUUAAUGUAUUCUUUCUAAGCUAGGCAUCACAUCUAGUUGUAAGAAAAUAGAUCCCCACAGUGGGCCAUUUCGUUUUGCACGGCCCGGUGCACUUAGCAGGCUAGCUUUUUAAAAAAUCACUCUUCCACUGUUUGUAGCCAUCGCAAUCGUUUAGGGGAAAAUUGAGCCCCGCAUAUGACUGAAGCGCCAGGGGUUCCCCUGGCCCAGUCUGCCCGCCGUAUCCUCAUGAAGCGGUUUCUUCCCAACUUCUCGCAUUUCGACCAAACAUGCAUGCCGGUAAACAGCAGUUGUAGUUCACUGCCGCCACCACCAGGCUGUUCUCUUCUUGACAUCAAAGAUGCAAUACAGUGGGGAAAAAAAGUAUUUAGUCAGCCACCAAUUGUGCAAGUUCUCCCACUUAAAAAGAUGAGAGAGGCCUGUAAUUUUCAUCAUAGGUACACGUCAACUAUGACAGACAAAAUGAGAAAAAAAAAUCCAGAAAAUCACAUUGUAGGAUUUUUAAUGAAUUUAUUGGCAUAUGAUGGUGGAAAAUAAGUAUUUGGUCAAUAACAAAAGUUUCUCAAUACUUUGUUAUAUACCCUUUGUUGGCAAUGACACAGGUCAAACAUUUUCUGUAAGUCUUCACAAGGUUUUCACACACUGUUGCUGGUAUUUUGGCCCAUUCCUCCAUGCAGAUCUCCUCUAGAGCAGUGAUGUUUUGGGGCUGUCGCUGGGCAACACAGACUUUCAACUCCCUCCAAAGAUUUUCUAUGGGGUUGAGAUCUGGAGACUGGCUAGGCCACUCCAGGACCUUGAAAUGCUUCUUACGAAGCCCCUCCUUCGUUGCCCGGGCGGUGUGUUUGGGAUCAUUGUCAUGCUGAAAGACCCAGCCACGUUUCAUCUUCAAUGCCCUUGCUGAUGGAAGGAGGGUUUCACUCAAAAUCUCACGAUACAUGGCCCCAUUCAUUCUUUCGUUUACACGGAUCAGUCGUCCUGGUCCCUUUGCAGAAAAACAGCCCCAAAGCAUGAUGUUUCCAACCCUAUGCUUCACAGUAGGUAUGGUGUUCUUUGGAUGCAACUCAGCAUUCUUUGUCCUCCAAACACAACGAGUUGAGUUUUUACCAAAAAGUUAUAUUUUGGUUUCAUCUGACCAUAUGACAUUCUCCCAAUCCUCUUCUGGAUCAUCCAAAUGCACUUCAGACGGGCCUGGACAUGUACUGGCUUAAGCAGGGGGACACGUCUCGCACUGCAGGAUUUGAGUCCCUGGCGGCGUAGUGUGUUACUGAUGGUUGGCUUUGUUACUUUGGUCCCAGCUCUCUGCAGGUCAUUCACUAGGUCCCCCCGUGUGGUUCUGGGAUUUUUGCUCACCGUUCUUGUGAUCAUUUUGACCCCACGGGGUGAGAUCUUGCGUGGAGCCCCAGAUCGAGGGAGAUUAUCAGUGGUCUUAUAUGUCUUCCAUUUCCUAAUAAUUGCUCCCACAGUUGAUUUCUUCAAACCAAGCUACUUACCUAUUGCAGAUUCAGUCUUCCCAGCCUGGUGCAGGUCUACAAUUUUGUUUUUGGUGUCCUUUGACAGCUCUUUGGUCUUGGCCAUUGUGAAGUUUGGAGUGUGACUGUUUGAGGUUGUGGACAGGUGUCUUUUAUACUGAUAACAAGUUCAAACAGGUGCCAUUAAUACAGGUAACGAGUGGAGGACAGAGGAGCCUCUUAAAGAAGAAGUUACAGGUCUGUGAGAGCCAGAAAUCUUGCUUGUUUGUAGGUGACCAAAUACUUAUUUUCCACCAUAAUUUGCAAAUAAAUUCAUUAAAAACCCUACAAUGGGAUUUUCUGGAUUUUUUUUCCUCAAUUUGUCUGUCAUAGUUGACGUGUACCUAUGAUGAAAAUUACAGGCCUCUCUCAUCUUUUUAAGUGGGAGAACUUGCACAAUUGGUGGCUGACUAAAUACUUUUUUUCCCCACUGUAUAUUGUUGGUAUGCGUUUUUGAUCAAUGUAAUUCAAAUGGAGAAAAUAGAAGUGUAUAAAAAAAAAUUGUAAUACGUUUUUGCAUAAAGACCAUUUUAGAUGGAAUAUCAUCAAUCUACGUUGUUAGAUUUGUGGAAAUAUAUAGUGCAACCUGCCCUUUAAUGUGUGUGUUCGUCCACAGGCUGUGUGCAGGGUAAGGCUGUGGACUCACUGCGUCCCCUGACUACAGGGUUGAGUCCUGGCCGGGGCAAGUUAGCAGUGCUGUCUCGCUCUAACGUCUCUGUGUACGACCAAGCUGUCAGACUCACCGACGACAACCCCCGCUGUAGACUGCACAUCGUAGGGGUGUGUCCAUACACACCCACACACACACACAAUGUGUUUGGGUCUUGUGUAACACAUUGUAAGACAUCUAUUUUCCACUCCAGGGGUUGGAGAAUUUUGGGCUGAACAGAAUCAUGGACAUUUGGGUUCUGAUGCAGCCAGAAAACAAUCGCUCUCGGGGUGAGUGGCACACACACUGCCCCUUGCCUCAGUUCCGCAAUUCUAAUACAAGUGAAUUAGUAUGUUGUACCUGUGUGAUAUAUCUGGUUUUGGUAAGACAGUAUUCUGCCUUGGUUCUCAAUGCUCAUAGUUUUAUUGGUAGAUUCUUGUGUGUCAGUCAAUAGCUCUACUCUACAAUGUGAGUAGUGUUUUUACUCUUAACGGACAGUUAGUCAAAGCUCAAACCAAUUUUAUUCACCCACUGGGUCAAACAGCUGCAUAAGACAAAGACAUGUUUCCACCAGCACAAGUAUUUAUACCCCCCUUUAGGCAGUGUCCGCCUUUUCUCCAAACACUACAUCUCUGUUGCUAGGCAGGAAGUUAAAUGAUGUGGGUAAUAAACUGUUCCUUCUCCCUUCAUGUGACCUGACCUGACCUCGGCCCACAUUCCUCACUAAUGCACAGCUAUCCACCUUCAUCAGUGACAGCAACCAUGUGUUUGACCUUUACCUUACUUAGUAACUCUCCAGGGCCUUGGCUCUUAUCCAACCUCCAUCGACCCCACCAUAUACAUUCCUCAUACGUGUGACCAUUAACACUUUUUAAACCUACUCCCUUCUUCUUCUCCCUGUUCUCUAGGCAUCAAGGACAGCUUCAUCCGUAGGUUCACCAAGCAGAGUCUGGAGGGCUACUGUGGGCUGAAGAGUUAUGCUAAAAACACAAAGGACCGUGAGUUGGAGGGUAAACUCUCCAUGGUGGAGAAAUACAACAGCCGCAUCCCUGAGCUGGUGGAGCUCCUCUACAGAUGCGCAGAGAGAGAGGCCCAACACGCAGGUACACACACACACUGUACAGACAAACUUCCACACAGGUACAUACUGUACACACGCAAACACAUAGACAUACACACAAGUACAGUACAUGCCACACACACACACAACUGUACAGACACACAGCGUUAUGAAUUGCUGUAUUUUGUAUUUGAGAGUGAUUUUUCAAAUGUUUCUCAACCCUCCCCCGCUCUCUCUCGCUCUCUCUUAGAUUUUAUCCUGGGGACAGUCCAUAAAUCAAAGGGUCUGGAGUUUGACACGGUGGUGAUCACUGAUGACUUCGCUAAGGUCCCCUGUGCCGCCCACAACUUACCCAGACUCUCCAGCUGCUCAGGAGGUGUGUGUGUGUGUGUGUUAUGGCUGCACCACAAUUAGUUUGAACUAGACUACUAAAGACACACUAAGCAUUCCAUGGAAGAUGAUCCAAGCAAUCAUUAGGCAUUUGGAAAACCUAUCCAUAUACCAACUCUGAUCUAAGGCCAAUGACUGUUGGCUGUUUUCUCCCUCCUCCUCUCCCCUCCUCUAGGUGACAUCCUGGAGGAUGAGUGGAACCUGCCGUAUGUGGCGGUGACGCGGGCCAAGAGUUAUCUGGUCAUCACCAAGAACAUCAACAACAUCCUCACACUGGCUGGGGUGAGAGCAUUGACCAGUGGAGGCUGCUGAGGGAGGACGUCUCAUAAUAAUGGCUGGAGUGGAGUAUAAUGGCUGGAAUGGAGUGAAUGGAAUGGCCGUUAUGAGUUGUCCACCCCUCAGCAGCCUCCACUGGCACUGACCCCCUCCACUACACUCUUCCCUCUUAUAAUAAUAAUAAUAUGCCAUUUCGCAGACGCUUUUAUCCAAAGCGACUUACAGUCAUGUGUGCAUACAUUUUUACGUAUGGAUGGUCCCGGGGAUCGAACCCACUACCCUGGCGUUACAAGCGCAAUGCUCUACCAAUUGAGCUACAGAGGACCACUUAACAUGGUUAAAUGGUAGUGGUUUCCCUGAAAUCGAAGGUCACGGUUUGUUUUCUCUGUAAUUGCUGAAUCAUUUCCUUGCUUGUCUAUCUCUCUUUGUAGGUCUGUAUCUUCACUUGUCUCUCUCUAUUCUUCCACUCUAUCCCCCUCUACCCCUCCAUAAUCCUCUCCAUCACUCUCUAA